AUGGAAGCUACUCAAGCUCUAAACUCUGCCAUUAAUAGCAAGUUUUCCGAAUUCCAGCAGGCAGCUUACGAUGAAAUGAAUCAGUUUUUUGAAAAGCACAAAGAAGUCAAUCAAGGAAUUUUCUUGGGUGAAAAAAGAGCGCUUCAAGAAAAAAUUGAAUCCCAAAGAUCAGAAAUCAACCAACUUAAAGCAACGAUUGAGCAUUAUAAAAACGAAAAAUUAAAAUCCAAAUUUCGUGCUUAUCUUGUUUGUGAGAACGUAUAUGGGAAAAGAGUAAAGAAAAAUGUGAUGGAUGCUUGGAAAGAAUUUUUAGUUAACAGUUUAAAGAAGAAAAAGAUGAACGAGUAUUUGGCCACCUUUUAUAAGCGUGGGCUCCUUAAAAGAUCUUGCAGAGGAUGGAAAAAUGAGCUACUGGCAAAUAAGAAGAAAGAUAUAGAUCAAGCAAGUGAAAGAAAAAUCAGGGAAGCUGUUGAAAAAGCAAUCCAAAGUAGAAACCAAGAACUUGAAAUUUUAAGAAAGAUGGUAGCUGAAAUAUCUGAAGACCUAAGAAAUGAAAAUCUCGCAAAAAACCAUCUCCAGUAUCAGUGCGAUCAAGCAUUAUUAAGAAGUAUGUCUGCAUUGCAUCUUGAAAAUAUGACAAUCAGACAAGUGUCUCUUGAGCACAAUAAAGCCUUAUCUCAAACUAGCAGAAAUUUAAUAUUCACUCAAGAUAAAUCAGCAAUACCCAAAUAA